AUGAUUGCGUGGUCUGCCCACUCAGGUAUCCGCAAUGACAUAUGGUGUUGCGGGGUGAUUAUCUACACGAUCCUCAAGGACGGCAAGGCGCCUUGGUUGGAGCCAGAUGGGGACAACGACAAGUUCAGCUUCUUCGCACAAGAGGUCAGCUCAGAAGCCAGGACAGAGAAACACAGCAUUAGUGUUUGACGUACCUAUGUGUGUGCAUCCGUGCAGCACAAGUACAACUUGGUCAGCUAUGCAGAGGCCGUCUACAACAGACGAUGCCUCUCUGCAAUGGAAAGAGAAAUCAUCAGUAAGUACUCAUGUGGGCACCCGACGGACGGAUGAGAUCGACGAGAUGUGCUUCUGCUCCACACACAAUUACUCUUCUGUUCCUCUCUGUGCGCAGAGGCCGCCGGCAGUGCGCUGGCCAAAGACCCAAUGCAGCGCCCUUCCAUCAGAGACAUGGUGAACGAUUUCAAAGAUGCCAUCGGCCUGACCACCGACCUGGAUGGUGGCAGCGGCCAGAGGCAGAAGAAUGGCUCGGAGGAGCGGGGCGACCAGGCCAUGACUGAGGGGCAGCUGCCGCUUGGGGAGCCGCUCGAGGCCUCAGAGGGCCGACCACUCAGCCGCACUCCGCCGUCAGCUCCCCGCCCCGCCCUGGGAUUCGACAGCGACAGUCCUCAAUCGAGCCAGCCCCUCCCCACGCCUCAGCAGCCCCUGUCACCCCUACGGCCGCCGUCUCGGAGUGAAUCUGACUCCGACUCCGACUCUUGUCCCGGUUCUGAUUCUCGUUCCUCCCCUUCUUUCCCACGGGCCUCCCUGUCAUCACACUCUGCCGACCAAGACAUUCUGACCCCUUCCAGUGGACCAGAUGAUGCACCGCCGCAGCACUCAUCUCCCAGUGCGUCCCACGAAUCGUCGACCACGGGGGAGCAGCUGGAGAGCCCUACCGUCAACCAAAGUCUCCCCCUGGAGCCGGUGGGACGGUCACAUGCGAAGCCCGCGAGAACGGAAGAACAAGUGCUGUCGGAAUGGAAGAAGGUAAGAGCGACACGGGUAUCAGAGGUGCGAGAAUGCAUUAAGUCUUGUUUGUCUGUCUGUCUGUCUGUCUGCAGAUGAAUAAGCGUCUCUUCGAGAAUGUACCACCCGGGCUCAAGACGAAGGCCGGCGAGCGGGUGUCAUCGGGCUACAUGAAGGGCAUGAAGGGCAUGGAGGAGCUCCUUGCUGGGACGGUUUACUGCUACGACAGCCAUGAGGCAAGCUCUGCCUCUGAUUCCCUACUGAGAGCCCCACUGACGCUCACCGAGGAGAAACAACUCGAGGAUGUGGCGGGAAAGGGAGCUCUCAUUUUCAAGAAGAUCGACCGUGGCAGCACACAAGUACUGAUUUCGAAGCAUACAGCAGCCUCCUGGCGCUCAUUUGCCGUUGUUGUGUGGGUGUGUGUGCAGUCGUCAGUUCCUGAGGUGGUGAUUCAUGCGUGGCUAUCACAGCACGCUCGCCAAGAGGUCAGCCGACUGGCCCUGAAGCUGUAUGGCGUCGUCAGCACUGAGGGCACUGAGGGGGGAGAACAAUGGAGUGUCAGCGGUGAGCUCCAGACACACACCCGCCAAUGCGCCGCGGUGGCCAUCAUGCCCUUUUAUUUGUUGGUCGAUGUCCGUCUGUCAGAGUUCAUCUCUCCUGGCUCACUGGGUGAAGGUGUUGCGCGGGAUAUGCUUAGGCUGAUGUCUCUGGCUGAGAAGGCCAAUCUCUGCCUUCAGGUCAGUCCGCCGCACCGCACCCUGUCCAUCUCGUGCUUCAAUGUGUCUCAUUCUCGUUGCGUUUGCUGUGUCACCUUCCCGUUGUUAUGGGUGCGUGUGCAGUUGUUGCAUCACGUCAAGGAGCUGCAUUCACUGGGCAUCGCACACGGCGACCUCUCGCUGGCCAACCUGCUGUUGCGGCGACAAGGCAACGGCUACGAACUACUCCUCAACGACUUCGAGACUGCUGGUACGGAGACACUUCAGCGAUUGGCGUCUUGCCUGGCGUCUCGCACUCGCACACACCGCCACGCACACUCUACGCCGUCAUGGAUUCGCUCGGCCUGUUUGUGGCGUGCAGUGGCUGGUUCGGACAAGAAAGGAAAGGAGAAGUGGCUCAACUGUGGAAUAGGAGGAAAAGAAGCCACUUAGCCGUUCAUGGCCCCAGAGAGGUACCACAUCACCUAUUCGACGGCCCAGCGGGGCAAAGACCAAAACGGCACGGGCGAUUUCGUCAACCAACACGGCUCGAAGGACCUCAUAUGGUAAGGACCUAAUGCACAAGUGUGUGUGCUGAGCGGCAGGGGAGACAUGAAUGUGUGCGUCGUUUACAGGAGUCCAUUUCGCAAUGACAUAUGGGCUUGCGGGGUGCUUAUCUACACGAUCCUCAAGGACCGCAACGAGCCGUGGGACAUGCCAGACGCCGAGACCAGCGUCAAUUUCAAGAUCUUCGCCCACAUGGUCAGCUAAGAUUGCCAGGACAAAGAAACAAAAAAUAGGUGAGUGAUUUAUGUGUGUGUGCAUCUGUGCAGAAUCAGUACAGCUUGGUCAGCUAUGCAGGGGCCGUCUCUGAAAUGGAAACAAAAGUCCUCGGUGAGUACUCAUGCGGGCAGCCAACCGGGUCGACUCCACACACCAUUACUCUUCUGUUCCUCUCUGCGCGCAGAUGUCGCCGGCAGUGCGCUGGCCAAAGACCCAAUGCAGCGCCCUUCCAUGGAAGAGAUGGUGGAGAAGUUCAAGCAGGCUAUCGGCCUGCCCGCCGACGUGGAUGGCGGCAGCGGUGGGAGGCAGAAGGAGGGCUCGAAGGAGCGGGGCGACCAGGUCAUGACUGGGCAGCUGCCACUUGGGGAGCCGCCCGAGGCCUCAGAGGGCCGACCACCCAGCCGCACUCCGCCGUCAGCUCCCCGCCCCUCCGUGGGAUUCGGCAGCGACAGUCCCCAAUCAAGCCAGCCCCUCCCCACGGCCCAGCAGCCCCUGUCGCCCAGGCAGCCGCCGUCUCCGAGUGAGUCGCGCGCCAUGCAGCCGGCUCACGAGACGCCACCUGACGGACCAGAUGGUGCACCGCGGCAGCCCUCACCUCUCCGUGCGCGUCUCUGUCGUGUCCGCGAGGUGACAGGCUCAGAGGGCUUCCUGCAGUCAACCGCCAGCUCAAGACUGAAGGAAGUCCAGCGACAGCCGCUUUUGCCACCAGCGCGUCUCCGUCGCCUGCGCUGGGUGACAGGCAACGAGAGCUUCCUAGUCCACGGCCAGCUCAAGACUGAAGGAAGUUCAGCGACGUGUGCGGGGCUGAGAGGUCGUGACUGUGCUUUAUGGUGACGGCUUUUGAUUUAGCGGGGUGGAACGACUAAUCGGAUUUGGGAGGGACAUGAUGGUUUAGCUGUAAGUGCUG